AUGUCCGUGCUGGACGAGCUCAGCACAACGACAAGAAGGUGUUCAAGAAGGCCAGCAACCGGCCUCGAAACUCCCCAAGCAUCCCUACAUAAUGCGAUGAAACCACCAUCCCCUCAAUGGACCACCAGCUCCAUCCUCCGAACCCCUCUCCAACCCUCCCGCUCGUGGACCUGCCACGAAUGCCUCCGCCGCUCCCAAAAAGCUAACACCCGUCGCAAUGGCUUCUCAACGACCACCAACGCCUACUCGCAAGCCGGUAAACGUGCCUGGCGCGAGCGCAUUCAGAUCCAACGCCUCAAAAUCCCCCCCAAGCACCGUAAAGUCGCCAUCACAGCCGCCGUCCUCUUCGUCCUCGGAUCCGCUGGCCUAGCAUUCAGCGAACGAAUACGACACCUCUACGUCGCGGCCGAGCGAAGCGGACGAGUCGGUGUCACGCUCGCGGUAUGCGUGAACGACUACCGCAAGACCUUAAAGAGGAGCGAGGAGCCAAACUACGACGCCUUACUCUCAGCAUGCCACAAGAGAUGCGCGGAGCGGACGUUGGAGGCGAUGGAGAAGAACGGGAGUAUUUUCAUUAAACUGGGACAGCAUCUGUCGAGCCUGAAUUACUUGCUGCCGAACGAGUGGUGUGAUACGUUCGUGCCGCUGCAGGAUAAAUGCCCGGUAUCUGCGUUUUCGAGCGUGGAUGAGAUGGUGAGGUAUGAUACUGGUCAAGGUUUAGAUGAGUAUUUUACGGAUUUCGAGCGGCGGCCGAUUGGCGCGGCGAGUCUGGCGCAGGUGCAUGUUGCGCGGUUGAGGGAGACGGGAGAGAAGGUGGCGGUGAAGGUGCAGCACCCGAGUUUAGACGAGUGGUCGAAGCUGGAUCUGGCGUUGACGAGCUUUGUGUUUCGGACGUUGAAGCGGUUCUUUCCUGAGUAUGAUCUCACGUGGCUCAGUGAUGAGAUGGAGCACAGUCUGCCGAAGGAGCUGGACUUUCGAGAAGAAGGCAGGAAUGCUGAACGUGCACGCGAGUAUUUCUCCCGGGUGCGCAACAGUCCGCUGGUGAUACCGGAGGUCAAGUGGGCUCGGAGGAGGAUAUUAGUGAUGGAGUACAUCACCGGCCACCGUCCAGACGACCUGGCCUUCCUAGACUCAAACGGCAUCGACCGCGACGAAGUCUCCGCCGCGCUGGCGCGCAUCUUCAACGAGAUGAUCUUCGGUCCCGGCGCGCCGUUGCAUUGUGAUCCACACGGCGGCAACCUGGCCGUUCGUCUAAACCCUAGCAAGCGCAAACCGCGCAACUUCGACAUCAUCCUCUACGACCACGGCCUAUACCGCGACAUCCCCACCAAACUCCGCCGAAGCUACGCGCACCUCUGGCUCGCCGUCCUGCAAAUGGACGAGCCCGGCAUGCGCAAGUACGCCUACGAAGUCGCCGGGAUCGGGGACGACGAAUUCCCCAUCUUCGCCUCCGCCAUCACCGGCCGCGACUUCAGCGUCGUGCAGAGCAACGAGAUCGCUUCGCGGAGGAACACGCAGGAGAAACGCAACAUCUCCGACGCCCUCGGGUCAGGCGAACUGCUCGAACAGCUCGUGCACCUGCUGAGUAAAGUCCCGCGAGUCAUCCUGCUCAUCCUCAAAACCAACGACCUCACCCGCUCGCUGGACGAGAAUCUGCAGACGCGCGAAGGGCCCGUGCGCACGUUCAUGAUCCUGGCGCGGUACGCUGCAAGGACUGUUUACGAUGAGCAAAUGGAGCGGAUUCAGGGGAGCUUGCUGUGGCCGGGUAAUCUGCUCGGAUGGAUGGUUGCGGUGGGCGCGUAUGCGAAGGUGGCUGUGAAGCUGCGGGUGUACGAGAUCUAUCUUUCUGCGCGGCGGAGGAUGGGGUUGAGGGAUAGUGUGUUGGGGGAGGGGAUUGUCUGA